UGUGUGUGAUGAGGCGGGCAGGGUGAGCGUGCGCGGAGUGUCGGCUAGUGCGGCGCCCACCCACCCACCCGCAGUGUCGGCGUGACGAUGCCGUGUGAGCGGCUGCGGCUGCGGCCCGGCUCAGGCCCCGGCUGCGGCCUGGGGCUGCUAUUGCUGCUGGUCGGCGCCGUGGUCAGGCUGAGCCGCAGCAGGACGGUGCCCGUGUUGAGCGACGACAUCCCGUUCAGGAUAACGUGGCCCGGGCCCGCCUUCUUGCUGCCAACAACAGGUGGCCUUUAUAAACCUGAUGACUUUGUAAUCAUAACAACAGUUCACAAUGAAAGAUAUAAAUGUAUGUUGCCAUCAAUUGGAAAUGGAGACCAGGAUGAAGAUUAUGAUUAUAAAGGUCAUGGGCCUGGUAAACUAUUGGAAUCCCUCCUUAAGCAGAACAGUUGCUCUUACAGGAUUGAAUCUUACUGGACUUAUGAAGUGUGUCAUGGAAAACACAUUCGCCAGUAUCAUGAGGAAAAAGAAACUGGGCAGAAAGUUAAUAUCCAAGAAUAUUACCUUGGUUCCAUGAGAGCAUCAGCUGAUUCUGAGACGAAAGAUUCCACUGCGGAGCAGCCAGAUGAAUCCGAAGCUGAAACUGAGCAACUUAAAGUUCACACCAAAAACAUCGAAGGACAGAUCACACCUUAUUACCCAGUAAUUAUGGGAAAUGGUACGCCUUGCAGCUUAAAACAGAACAAACCAAGAGUAACCACUGUCAUGUAUGUCUGCCACCCUGAAGCCAAGCAUGAGAUUCUCUCUGUUGCUGAAGUCACUACCUGUGAAUAUGAAUUAGUUAUACUAACACCACUAUUGUGCAUCCAUCCUAAAUACAGAUUUAAAACCUCCCCUGUUAAUGACAUAUUUUGCCAGUCGGUAAAUGGCUCACCAUUAAGACCUCAAAGCCUUGAAGCAUUAGAAAAACAGCAAGAAGAAAUGAUGAAACCACCUUUUAAUAACCAAAGAGUCCAAGAGGAAAUAGAUGCAACAUCCACAAAAGAUGAAAAGAUUUCAUCCCACAAAUCUGUCAGCAUUGGAGGACAGCAGCCAGUUGCUGUAGGAACCAUUCACAUCUCCAAACUGACAGAUGAACAGCUCAUUCAGGAAUUUCUAAGUGGCUCCUAUUGUUUUCAUGGGGGUGUUGGGUGGUGGAAGUACGAAUUCUGCUAUGGUAAACAUGUGCAGCAGUAUCAUGAGGAUAAAGGAGCUGGGAAAAACAUCAUAGUGGUUGGAACCUGGAACAAAGAAGAGCACAUCGUAUGGGCAACAAAAAAUUCAGCAAGGUCUUAUCAAUGGAGAGAAAAUGGAACACAAAAAGUGAGAGUUGUUUCGCAUUUCUAUGGAAAUGGAGAUCUUUGUGAUUUAACAGGAAAACCACGACAAGUGGUUGUAAAAUUGAAGUGUAAAGAAUCCGAGUCCCCACAUGCAGUCACAAUUUACAUGCUUGAGCCGCAAACCUGUCAGUACAUUCUCGGAGUGGAAUCACCAAUAAUUUGUAAAAUUCUGGAUACUGCAGAUGAAAAUGGAUUGUUUUCAGCACCCAGCUAAACAGAUGAACAAACUGGAUUUUUGUUGAUGAGACAAAACUGUCUGUUCUGUAUAUUUGUGGACUGGACACAGUAUGAAGCUCUUGGAUGAAGAUUUAUCUCACAUGACUUCCUUUUAGAAUCAAACACCUGGAAAUCAGUAUUUGAGGCAUUCUGUACAAAAUAAACAGAGAAACUGAUAUACGGUGAUUGAUUGUAAAUACACUGUAUAAAAAGACUGCAUUGGAAUACUUUUGAAUUUGUAUAACAUUUGAAAUAACACUUGAAACUUGUACUUCUGCUGUGCUAAAUGUAAUUUUACAAAGAUGUAAAUUUUAAAUUUAAACUUUUUCCAGAUCUCUCUCGCAAGGGUCAUCUUUGAGUUAAAUUGUUGCAUUUCUUGAUACUUUGAUAGCUUUUGAAUAUAUUUACUACACCCCAACUACUGGCUCCCAGAAUUUCGCCCAUAAAUCUUUUUUAUUGUUUGGUGUUUUCCAUUCAGUUAUGAUAACACUUUAAAAAGUAUUAUGACCUCAGAUUCUCCAUACUUAACUUUACUUCUUAAUUAAUCUGAGUAAGCAAAUAUUUGCAAAAUUGAAGUAACAUUAUUCAUACUUGUAUCAUAACAAUGCACACAGUUUUCUUAUGUCAGUGAAUAAACAUUCGAGUGCAA